AUGCGCAGCUCUGCCUCUCAAGGAGAACCCAGAAAAAAGUGUUUCUGGUGGCUGAAGGCAACUCCUCGCCUUUCCGUGCAACCGGAGUCUGGGCCUCCCGAAGAGGUGAAGCAACGCUCGCAGCUGGACUUGCACCUGAUUGACGGACAUCUUCGAGGUCUGGCUCCAGCUGGAGCCGACAAGGCUGACAUUUGGGCCGUUGGUGCUUUGGCUUUCCGCCUGCUGACCGGUGUUCCGCCAUUUUGCCCUCCAGAAGGCUCGAAGAAGGAGAUUGUGGGCAUGAUGCAAACCGAGCCCAUCAAAUUCUCCAAGAAAGAUUGGUCCAAAAGAUCCUCGAAAUGCCUUGAUGCCAUCCAGUGCAUGCUUCGAGUGACCUCCAGCUUGCGCCCGACUGCUGCAGAACUCUUGCGGCAUCCUUGGCUGAAACUGGCCAGGGAACCGGUGCCACUGGUACGCAUGCACCGACUCUUCGCGAAUGGCCUCAACUAUUUAAAGGAGAGCCAGUUCAAGAAGUUGAUCAUUCGUGUCAUUGCUCAACAGAUGCCCGAGAAUGAGCCCCACAUUGAGCAGGCGAACGGCGUGUUCCGCGCCUUGGAUCGAGACAGAGAUGGCUUGUUGAGCCCGGCGGAGUUCAUGGAGGGCUUGUACCUCUUCCCUGACUUGCUUCAGAGAAUGGGAGAGGACCCUGAACGACUCUUUGAAGCAGCUGACCGAGAUGGAUCUGGGUUCCUAGACAGCCGAGAAUUCGCGGCUUGUACCUUGCCUCCUGCCAAGGCACGAGAGGAAGAGGUCAUUUGGUAUGCCUUCCGAGCCUUUGAUGAAGCAGAUGAUGUCACGAUCGAGAAGGUCUUACUUAUGGCUCGCUUGCUUGAGGGCCAGUUGAUCUCUCGAGAGCAGAUUGAAGAGCUCAUCACGGUGCUGCAAUCUGAGCUCUCUCGAAUUCGAGUCCCUCUGAAGCUUGAGAGGCCGACCCUUGAGACCGAAGCGGAGGCGUCGGAGAGCAGCGGAGUCUCCGAACGGCUCCAGAUGGAAGGAGAGAGUGAUGAUGAAGACGAUGAGUCGUUGCAGGAUGGAGCUGUACCCCGCGUGUCCAUGGGGAGCAGGCCAACGAUUUCUGGGAACUCAAGCAUGAUGGGCUCGGGGCGGCUUCCGCCACGGCUGCCGCCGAACAAGGAGAAAGAAAAGAGCAAAGAGGGCUUUAUGCAGCGGAAGUGGCAAGGUCUUGUGGAGAAGACCAGGAGAUGGGUCACAAGGCCUCGGCCUCUGGACUUUGGGGAAUUCGUUUUUCUUUGUGACACGCGUCGGAAGGGAGUGGGGCCUGGAAAGCUCCUCUACCGGGUGGCCCGAAAGGAGCUUUUCCGGAUCUUUCUGAAGCAUGAUCUGGACUUCUAUGAAGUUGUCCACAAGGUGCCCGAUUUCGAUUGGCCUCCAAAGGCGGGCGACGUUGCACGAACUCCCAAUUCUUGCCACUUUGCCACUGGUGGUCUCUACUCGAAGCAGCAACAGGCAGGUGACAACACAACACAGGGAGAUGAUGCUGAUGAGUGA